CCAUCAAAUAGUAUAACAUAGCUAUCCAUGAUAUUUUGAACUUUUUAUUCCAUCUGAUUUAGAAGCACUCUUCCAUGAGAUUGCAGAAUAUGACCUAUAAAUGUCUCAAUUUAGUUUGAUCAAGCUAACUUUUAAACUUCUCUGCUUGUACUAUUGGAAUAAGACCUUCACACUAGUUGCAUGUUGCACAUUCAUUGCUUCCUAUUGUUCAUUCAGUACUUCAAUUUCCGAUUUUCAAGCUUUGUUCAUAAAAAGCAGGUCUACUUUUUUCCUUUUUUAAAUCGUAAUAAAUGCCCAUAGGUUUGACGUCAAUAGUUAAUCAAUUAAUUCUUUAGAUGUAGACAUCUAAGAUUCUUGAUAUGUAUUAUGAUUUAUAUGUUAUUGAUUUACUUUAGUGAUGAUGUUGUCAUGUUGAUUUGUUUCUUCUGCUAUAUAAUGAAAUUUGGAUUUGAAAUCAUAAAAGUAAAGAAAUUAGAGCAGUUAGACAUAAGAUGAUAAUGUAACUUGAUAUUAAGCGAAACAAAUAGCUCGAUGUGGAAAACUAAAUGUUCCUUGGUUCUAUAUCAACUCCGUGUAUGGAAUGAGUAUUCACAUAUAAAGUGAAUAUGAAUCGGACAAAAUAUCAUAUUGUAGCCUAGACUUUCCUCUCUGCAAUAACACUAAUAGUGUAUGACUACCAUACUAUCCAUAGACUUCCACUAUCAUAGUAUCCUUGGAUGUGUGUGUGUAUAUAGACAGAGAGAGAGUCCAUGUCAGUAUAUGUUUGUAAAUAAUUCAUUUAUCUUGCUGAAAGACUGUUUUUCUAAUCAGAUUAGCAGAAGGGUUUUUGAGAAGAUCAGAAGUGAAUGUACAGGUGACACUUCAACUCUACUAUGUACAGAUACAUUGGAGCAAGAUAACUCAAAUAAACGUCAUCAUGAAGACGGUGAUAUAAGCACAAGGAAAUCAUUUGAGUCAUAUAAGAGGCGGACAACUGUGGUGGUUCAAAGAAAAUCAUUUCUAGAUGUUGUAAGUGAUGCUCUCACUGAAUACAAGUACAUUGGCCCAAACCAGAGGGCUGACCUGGCUAUCGCGUGCAGGUAAGAGCUAAUUGAUAAUGUGCAUUCAACAAAAUUCCCAUAAUGAGUUUAUGAUCUGACUUGUUUUUAUCAGGUACUUGGUUUAAUUUUAAUGUGUAAAAUUUUGAGGUUUCAUGCAAAGUGGUACUUGUUCCCAUAAUGGUUAUCUACUUGCUACUUUAGCUUAUUUAUUACACAGGCUGUUAUGUGAUACAAAUUGGGUUACUUCCCCAUCAUUUUUGGCACUAAUAAGUACUAAUGGAAGUCAUUACUUUUCUUUAACAAUAUUCUUCAGGAUAAGAGAAAGGAAGGAAUCUGUUAUUGUGCUACUAUGUGGGACAAGUGGGUGCGGAAAAUCUACUCUUUCUGCAUUGCUGGGAAGCAGGCUGGGGAUCACAACUGUAAUAUCCACGGACUCAAUUAGGCAUAUGAUGAGGAGCUUUGUCAAUGAAAAGGAGAACCCUCUACUUUGGUCUUCAACUUACCAUGCUGGGGAACAUUUAGAUCCACUAGCAGUUGCUGAAUCAAAGGCCAAAAGGAAAGCAAAGAAGUUAGGCUAUUCUAUCCAGACACUAGAAAAGCAUGCGGCUAAUCCCAUCAAUUUUAUUAGCCCGAAACAAAUGGCAAUUGAAGGAUUUAAGGCUCAGAGUGAGAUGGUUAUCGAAAGUCUUGAUAGAUUAAUUACUGCAUGGGAAGAGCGUAAAGAAUCGGUUAUUGUGGAGGGUGUUCAUUUGAGCCUUAAUUUUGUGAUGGGGCUAAUGAAAAAACACCCUUCAAUCCUACCUUUCAUGAUUUACAUCGCAAAUGAAGAAAAGCACUUGGAAAGAUUUGCAGUUCGUGCGAAAUACAUGACGCUGGACCCAGCCAAAAACAAAUAUGUCAAAUAUAUACGUAACAUCAGGACAAUACAAGAAUAUCUCUGCAAUUGUGCUGACAAGCAUUUGGUGCCAAAAGUGAACAACACUAAUGUUGAUAGAAGUGUAGCAUCGAUCCAUGCAACAGCAUUCAGUUGCCUAAGGAGGCGUGAGGCAGGGGAGAAGCUUUAUGAUCCUUCCACAAACACAGUUUCUGUUAUUAAUGAGGAAUACAGAAAUCAGCGUGCUGCAAAUUCCUGGAGCUCAAAGGGUGUGCUUAAACUGCUUCAGAGAAAUGGUUCUUCUAGGCAUAUGAUGGCUCUUGUCAAUUAUGACGGGUCGGUAGCAAAGGCUUGGCCAAUAUACUCAUUGGAUACCAAUGACAAUAUAUUUAUGGACUAUGGACCGUUACAUGUUCAGAAGGCUGAACCGGUCAAUCUGCAGUUUGGUUACUUAGGGAUAAGUGCUUGGCCAAACGAGACUGGUUGUACAAGCCGUGCUAAUAGUUUAGAUGGAUCGUGAGGGGAGCUGACUGACAAUGGCAGUAGGUAUCAUUCGUCUUGCUGCAGUUCACCAAGGUUCUAUGACGGACCUUCUAAGGAGCUCAAAGAGCAACAAUUUGUCAAUGGUAGCGAUGAAGAGUUUGAUGAAAUGCCUGAAAUAGAUAGUGAUGAGGAUUUUAAUAAGGAUUCAAAGCAUAUUCAUGAAGAGGUGGAGGGAUCGGUGGAUGAGGAAUCAACGAAAUCAGAUGAGGAAUAUGACGAUCUUGCUCUGUUGGAUGGUCAAGAACAGAAUGGUUACUACUCUGUUGAGGAUGAAGAAUCUUGUGAUAGGUUUGGCUUGACUCAUAAGCUAGUACCUAUUUCAGGGAAAACGAUGUCGGGGGAAGUUAAUGGCAGCUUUGAUGGAAGCUACCUACAAAAGUUUGAUCUUUUCUCGGGACGUAAAGGCAGUACACUUUUGGAAUUACCACUUCGAGAGAGAAAUGAGAAGGUAGCUGCAAAUUUUUGCAAUGACAUAGCUGGAAUAUGUUCUCCCAUCAUUCCAUCCAUGGGAAACCAUCUGUGUGGUGUAUGAAGUCUUGAGGAGGUCUCUGUUUUUUUUCCCUUUGUCUGACUGUCUGCCUUUUCCAUUUUGUUUCUCUUUUUAACUUGAGUAAAUGAAUAAUUUGUUGAACAGCCGUAGAAAGGAUGUUCUAUUGGCGCACACGUAACCGACUGCCUUGGUUUAGGACUAAGGUUGGGCUCAAUAAUAUACUAUUAACAGAG